AUGCUCCGCCUUCCACGCGUUUCCAAACCGAGCUAUCGACUAUUCACGACAUCUUCAAUCCGUCAUGGCACUCCUUGGGAUAGGCAUCCACCCCUCAUCGCCCGUUAUACUGAAAGUUUCCCCGUGGACCUUUUCCGAAUUGGGGCAAGCAACAAGAUCAUCUUGCGGGAUUACCAAGUGCAGAAGAAACUUGGACGGACGAGCUACGAUCUGCAUAUUCAAGAAGAUGGCAAGGUGCACCCGAGGCCCGGUCCAAACUUCGAUGGUCCAAAUGGAGCAUCUCUCCGCCCUAAUGGCCCUAUGAUGCAGGAAGUUGUCCGCAACUUCCGAGGUCGCAACACCACCAUUUACCUCGUCAAAGAAGGGACUGCAUUUCCGCCAGACUUUGUUCUCUUACACGAACAUUCCGACCACUACUCCAUGCAAUGCACUCAGCCCAUGACACUCCCCCAGCUCAAUCGCCGGUUGACAGAAUUCUUUCAGAAUAACGGAGAAGCGAUGACAAAAGCCGAGUUCUGCGAGCGAUAUCCGUUUGAAUUAUGA